CUGCUGGAGGUGAUGGAAGGAACGGAGAAGCGCCCCGAGAACGACCCGGAGAAGAGCCCGUGGGUGCGGAAGAGCGCACAAGGCUACCUUCUACUUGGGCAAGCGUUGGGGAGCAGCCAAAUCCGUCACAUCAAGCCUUUUCAGCGUGAACCAGCAAAGGGACCAAAGGCAUGGGCUGCUCUCAAGGGUGUACACGCUCCUGCAACAGCGGCGGUGGCUGUGGUUUUGGAGCGGCAAAUGGCAGCACUUCGAAUUGACGAAGGCGAACCGGUGGAGGAAGGAGUGCAGAAAUUCUUCGACUUGUUGACACGGCUCGAAGAAGCUGAUCUGAACUACAGU